UGCGCAUGCGCAAUAUGGCGGCGACCAUGAAAUUCGUCUAAAUACGUUUUUAAAACAACAAUUAAAACGUACAGCGUGCGUAAGAGGGAAAACUCAUCUUAAACAUACGAAAUGGGACCUGUUGGUCGUUCCCGUUCAAGAUCUCCCGUUCUGAAAGAUGACGAUCGGGUUGAGAAGAAAAAGGAGCGAAGAUCGAGAUCACGAUCCAGGGAUAGGAAACACAAAAGGCACAAGAGUCGUUCCAGGAGUAGAGAUAGGCGUCACCGCAGUCGCAGCAGGGAGAAAAAGGCUGGCAAACAUAAACACAAGGACAGGGAUGGGAAAAAAGAGAAAGACGAUGAAGAUGGUGAGAUCAAGGAGGAGGAAGGAAAGAAGAAAAAUCCCCUGUCCCUAGAGGAAUUGUUGGCCAAGAAAAAAGCCGAGGAAGAGGCACAGGCUAAGCCCAAGUUCUUGACCAAAGAGCAGCGUACGGCUGAAGCAUUGAAGCGUCGCCAGGAGCAGGUGGAGGCUCAGAAAAAACGAGUGGAAGAGGAGAGAAAGAAACAGAUGGAUUUUCUAAAAGGUGGAAGAGAUGAUCGUAGAGACAGAUUUGAUCGUGACGGAGAUCGGCGUGAUGAUCGUCGCCGUGACGAUCGCCUACGUGAUGAUCGUCUGAGGGAUGACCGUCUGAGGGAUGACCGUCUUCGUGAUGAUCGCGUUCGUGAUGAUCGUGGUCGUGACAGUGAACGAUAUCGAGAGCGUGAACGUGAUGCCCCCAUAGAUGGGGCGUCCAAAGAUGAUCCACUGAAUGCACGGAAAGAAGUGAAAGACAAAGAGAAAGAGGCAGAAGCAAUCAAGGAGCGGUACCUAGGUAUGAAAAAGAGGAGAAAGCGUAUCCGUCGUCUAAAUGAUCGGAAGUUUGUAUUUGAUUGGGACGCUGGUGAUGACACUUCCGUCGAUUAUAACCCGAUCUAUAAGGAUAAACAUGAGGUUCAGUUCUAUGGCAGAGGGCAUGUUGCUGGAGUUGAUAUAAAGCAACAAAAGAAGGACCAGUCCAAGUUUUACGGAGAUUUGUUGGAAAAGAGAAGAACUGAAGAUGAGAAGAGUCAGGAAAUAAAACGACAGAAGAUUGAGAAAGAAAAAGAAAACAAACAUAAAUACGAUGAUCGUCACUGGACGGAAAAAUUGUUGGAAGAAAUGAGGGAACGAGACUGGCGUAUCUUCAAGGAGGACUAUAACAUCAGCUGUAAAGGUGGCAGGAUUCCAAACCCAAUCAGAAAAUGGAAGGAAGCUAACCUGCCAAAAGAAUUGCUUGAUACAAUUGAUGCUGUUGGAUAUAAGGAGCCAUCCCCCAUUCAAAGAAUGGCAAUUCCGAUUGGUCUGCAGAAUCGUGACAUUAUCGGUAUUGCCGAGACUGGUAGUGGUAAAACAGCUGCCUUCCUUAUUCCUUUGCUGGUCUGGAUUACAUCGUUGCCAAAAAUAGAAAGAAAAAUAGAUAUAAUCGACAAAGGCCCAUACGCAAUCAUCCUCGCCCCGACAAGAGAAUUGGCCCAGCAGAUCGAAGAAGAGACAACCAAGUUCGGAAAGUUCAUCGGAAUUCGGACAGUGGCUGUUAUUGGUGGUAUCUCGAGGGAAGAACAGGGGUUUAAACUGCGACAAGGCUGUGAGAUUGUAAUAGCUACUCCUGGUCGUUUGAUAGACGUCUUGGAAAAUCGAUACCUUGUUCUGGCUCAGUGCACAUAUGUCGUACUUGACGAGGCUGAUCGCAUGAUUGACAUGGGUUUCGAGCCAGACGUGCAACAGAUCCUUGAGUACCUGCCGGUUACAAAUCUUAAGCCGGAUACAGAAGACGCGGAAGAUCACGAGAAAAUGUUGGCCAACUUCAAUACUACUCAGAAAUAUAGACAGACUGUCAUGUUCACCGCCACUAUGCCUCCGUCAGUUGAGAAGUUGGCUCGUAAAUACCUCCGUCGUCCAGCCGUUGUGUAUAUUGGCUCUGUGGGCAACCCGACAGAGAGGACAGAACAGAUUGUAUACAUGCUGAACCACCAGGAUAAGAGGAAGAAGUUAUUGGAGAUUCUGCAGGCUGGCCUUGAUCCACCAGUGCUUAUUUUUGUCAACCAGAAGAAGGGAGUGGAUGUGCUCGCAAAGUCACUCGAGAAAAUGGGGUUCAGCGCGACCACACUUCACGGCGGGAAAGGCCAGGAGCAGAGAGAGUUUGCCCUCGCCAGUCUCAAAGGUGGUACAAAGGAUAUUCUCGUCGCUACUGAUGUGGCUGGUCGUGGUAUCGAUAUCAAAGAUGUCUCACUUGUACUCAACUACGAUAUGGCUAAGAAUAUUGAAGACUACACUCAUCGUAUCGGAAGAACUGGUCGUGCGGGCAAGUCUGGUACUGCGAUCUCAUUCAUUACGAAGGAUGACAGUGCCGUUUUCUACGACCUGAAGCAGGUUAUUCUCGCGAGCCCCGUGUCCUCAUGUCCACCAGAACUUGCCAAUCAUCCGGACGCGCAGAGUAAACCAGGAGCAGGACCAGUGUUUAAGAAGCGAAAAGAUGAGACAGUGUUUAUACACUGAAUUGUUAAAGUGUUAGAUCUAUGUUUAAGAACUUGUUGAGGAGAGAAAAGAUGUGAUGAGCUGUAAAAGUUUAAGAUCAGUGUUCUCAUUUUGAAAUCAGAGUAUUCAGUCUCAUGUGACCUUUUCCAUUAAAAAUACAAAACACAAGAGGUUGUUUAUGAACUGAAUGUUUUUUUGUGAAGAUCAAACGUUUGACUUAUAUGUAUCAGUAUCUUUUUGUUAUAGAACUUGUUCAUGUUGGUAAAAGAUGAGAUGGAGUUAAUUAACUAAAUUGCACAAAUUUAUUAAAGUUUAAAGUUUAAGUUCCUUUCAUAUAUUAUAGAAAAACAAUCAUUAUAAAAUUAAUUUCCAGUUCUACCACUGUUUAACGUUGUUGAAAAAAUGCUUAGCCAUUGCUGAUGAUGUAACAAAAUAUGUCAUUACCAGACAGAAUUGAAUUGCAGCAAUGUCGAGCACUUAAUGGAAUUAUUGUUUUCGAAAAUAACUUGCCUAAGAGACUGUUUUUGUUUAAAUCAGAAGAUCUUGGGGAUUAAUUUUCACGGAGAAAAUAAUGACAUUCUUGCAAUGUAAUUAUAAACAAAUGUAUGCAAUUAAAUGAAACAGUGAAAAGAGAUAUCAGAUAGUUUGCAAGUUGCAAUAGGCAUGGAUGAUAUUUGAGAGACUAACCAUGUGCUAUUGAAAAUUUGUCAUGUUAUACUGUAGUCUGGCCUGUACAUGUAUGGUCAUCUCAAGUCCAAGUUUCUUAGACUAGUAUUCUCUACUCCAGUCAAGUCUAGGGCUGAUUGAAACUCAACACAUUUAUGGCCCAAUAAACACGACAUUUAGAUUAUACAACCAUGUACUAUUAUUUACUGAUGAUAUAUAAUCCCUUUACUGGUCAAUCGGUAGAUAAAAGACAACCAGUCUCUUGUUAAUUCUGGCCAAGCUGGUAAAUUCAGUAUACAUCAUUAUUUUUUAUCAUAAACACCUUUCCUGGGAAAAUAGAUAAUUAUGUUGUCUAGACAUAAAGUCCAUAAAUGCAAAUAACCACCUGUUUUACCACAGAUACUUUCAACAUACUCCCAACUCAGCCUGGCAGCCAUUGUAACCGUCUUGUGCGUAGGUUAUUAGGAGAGAAAAACAUGACUAUAAAUGGCGACCAGUCAGCAUAUAAAAAUGCUAUUAUAGGCAUGAUAAUCACGACUUGGUCACUUAAUAGUGCUAUCUUAUGUGCUAUCGUUCUGUUAUAAGAUUGCAUGAUCUGAAGAACAUUAAUUUUUUUUAAUUAAUACAAUAGUGGAGUAUGUGCUAAUUUUCUCAUUCACUCGUAUUUCAAUAUUGUCUUGUUUGUGCUAUGAAAAAAUAAAGUUAAAAGCACA